CAUGUGACUGCAGCAUGGCGGUGUUCGCGGAUUUGGAUCUGCGAGCGGGUUCCGACCUGAAGGCGCUGCGCUGUCUCGUGGAGAACGCCGCUCACCUGGGCUAUUCAGUUGUUGCCAUCAAUCAUGUUGUUGAAUUUAAGGAAAAGAAACAGGAAAUUGAAAAACCAGUAGCUGUUUCAGAACUCUUUACAACUUUGCCAAUUGUGCAGGGAAAAUCAAAACCAAUUAAAAUUUUAACGAGACUGACGAUCAUCGUUUCAGAUCCAUCACACUGCAAUGUUUUGAGAGCAACUUCUUCAAGGGUCCGGCUGUAUGAUAUCGUUGCAGUUUUUCCAAAGACAGAAAAACUUUUUCAUGUUGCUUGUACACAUUUAGAUGUGGAUUUAGUCUGCAUAACCGUAACAGAGAAACUACCAUUUUACUUCAAAAGACCCCCUAUUAAUGUGGCAAUUGACCGAGGCUUGGGCUUUGAACUUGUCUACAGCCCCGCUAUCAAAGACUCCACAAUGAGAAGGUACACAAUUGCCAAUGCCCUCAACUUGAUGCAGGUCUGCAAAGGAAAGAAUGUAAUUAUAUCUAGUGCUGCAGAAAGGCCUUUAGAAAUAAGAGGCCCGUACGAUGUGGCAAACUUAGGGCUGCUGUUUGGGCUGUCUGAAAGUGAUGCCAAGGCUGCGGUGUCCACCAACUGCCGGGCAGCGCUUCUCCAUGGAGAAACUAGAAAAACUGCUUUUGGAAUUAUUUCCACGGUGAAGAAGCCUCGGUCAUCAGAAGCAGAUGAUGAUGCUCUUCCGGCCUGCAAGAAAGCCAAGUGUGAGGGCUGAAGGGAGCCACCAGCCUCUGCCAACACUGUCUUCUUCCAUUGGUUGGUUCAUCAGCUGCAACAGAAACGAAACCUUCAUAUGAUUCACUGUUUUCACUUGGAGCUACGUAUCAGUAGUCUAUAAGAACAGUCUUAUAUUCAAGCCAUGAAAAUAGCAAAACCUAGUGAAGCAUUUAAGAAACAAAAAAGACUGCCCCCUUAAUGAAUUUAGGUAUAUUUUAGAAGAAAAGCGAAGACUAGUUUAUUUAUCCUUUGUGUUACGGGUAAAGAGCAGGUAUGAUUGAGUAAGAUGUUGUAUGUGUUUCAAGAGACUCUUUAAAAAUGUUUCCUGUUCAUUUAAAAAUUCAUGCGCUUUAGCUUUACUUGCUAUACGUGGCUUACUGUUUCUUAAUUUUACUACUCAAAAAGUGGUUAUUUUGAACACUAUUGAAACAUAUUUUAAGGGGUUGGCUUUUAGUUGAUCUCUUCUUAUUUUAAGCCUCUCUUUCACUAUAUUCAUCAAGUCAAAGUCCUUUGUAAAAGGAAUUGCUAUAAAAUUUGUGGCAGGAAAGAGAAAGUGCACACAAAGUCGUACUUGGCCGCUUCCUUUGCUGCUGCUUACCUCUGUGAUGUCCUUGCAGUGGGAUGUCUCUCAGUUGGAAGCCCGUAAAAACCUAACAUCGAUUUUUCUAAUAGCUGUAUUACAGAUAUCAAAGCACUGGACUCAACCAACUUUGAAAGUAAUUUUUUUUAAUAGCAGGAUCAUAUUAAAUAGAGGUAGCUUUUUAUUUUGCAGAUACCUGCAUUUAUGCUAUAUUGAUAUAAAGUAAAAUUGUUUAAAUGAGAAAAAGAACACUGCUCUGAGAGUCAAAAGGUAAUUUUAAAAAGAGAAAGCUUUACACCAGACUCACUUACAAAUUUAGAUGCUUAAAGAAAAUAUUACUAAAGAGAAAUCACCGUAACCAGGUGAGAUUUAUUCUAGGAUUAUAAGAAUAUUUCCAUUCUUUUUAAUGCACUAUACUUUGUCAUAUUAAUAGGUCAAAUGAGAAAAAUCAAAAUUGUUUUAAUAGAUGCCAGUAAGACACUUGCUAAAAUUUAAAAUCCACUCCUGAUUUAAAACAAAAAAAAAACAAUAAAAACCCUUGACAAAGUACAAGUGGAAGAAUAUUUCACAUGUACAUGUAUAUGUUCACUUAUAUUUAUAUACUGUGUAUAUUUAGCAUCAUGAUUCUAAAAGUAAAGCAUUUUUGACUUCCACUUCAGCAGUUUGGUGGAUUAGACUACUCCAUUCCCUCCAUAAAACUGAUGGCCACUGCUGCUGAAUCCUCGCACCGAGAGUCUGCCACUUCCUUGAGUGCCAGCUUCCUUCUGCCUUCACCCCACUUGGAUUCACCAAAAGUUAGGUGUGUGUUUAUUCACAAGCCUGUUUACACCAUUGUGUUUAGCGUUGUAAAGUUAUAUAAGUUAAUUUAAAAUUAUGAAAACUGAUGAACUAAGAGAGGCCAAAAAAAAAGAAUUCCCAGGAAAAUGGAUGCUUUCAAAAAGUUUGAAAAAGAAGAGUCAUUAAAAACAACUGUCAAAGUAGCUGUGAGCAGGACAACUAAGAUUUGGAAGAGAUCCAGUAGAAAUUCUGCACUGUGAUAUGCUAGAGUCUUUGAGUUCUCUCUUUUUUUUUUUAAAUUGAGGUAACAUUGUUUAUAACAUUAAGUUUUAUGUGUACAACAUUAUAUUUCAACUUCUGUGUACACUGCAGCUUGCAACCAAAAGUUUAGUUUCCAUCCAUCGCCAUAUGGUUGAUGCCCUCCUUGCUCAUUUUGCUCUCCCCUCAUCCAUCUUUCCCUCUGGUAACAACUACUCUGUUCUCUUUAUCAGUGUUUUUUUUGUUUCAUUUAGUUAGUUUUUUUUUUUAUUAUUAUUCCACUUAAGAGUAGAGUCAUACAGUAUUUGUCUUUCUCCAUCUGACUUAUGUCACUUAGCAUAAUACCUUUGAGGUCCCUCUGUGAUGUCACAAAUGGCAAGGUUUCAUCUUAUUUUAUAGUUGAGUAGUAUUCUGUUUUAUAUAGAGAGAGAGAAAGAGAGAGAGUAAAUAAUGCUGCAAUGAACAUGAGUGCAUAUAUCUUUACAAAUUUUAGUUUUUGUUGUCUUUGGAUAAAUUCCCAGAAGUGAAAUAGCUGGGUCAUAGGGUAGUUCUUAAUAUUUGGAAGACUCUCCAUAGUGUUUUCCCUAGUGACUGUACCAAUUUACAUUCCUACCAGUGGUGUGUGAAGGUUCCCUUUCUCCACAUCCUGUCUAUAACAUUUGUUAUUUCUUGCCUUUUUGAUAAUAGCCAUUUUAACAGUCUAACAGGAAUGACAUAGGUCUGAGCAGUAUCUUCCUGUGUAUGUCUCUUCAGGCAAGGGAAACAAAAACUAAAAAGCCACACAGCAAAAGGAACCAUCAAAGAAACGAAAAGACAACCUACUGAAUAGGCAAAGAUAUUUUUAAAUUUGAUAAGAGGUUUAUGUCCAAAAUAUAUAAAGAACUCAUAUAACUCAACAAUAAAAAACCAAAUAACCUGAUUAAAAAAUGGGCAGAGAAUCUAAAUAGACAUUUUUCUGAAGAAGAUGUAUAGAUGGCCAACAGGCACAUGAAAAGAUGCUCAACAUCACUAAUUAUGCAAAUCAAAACUAAAUAAGAUCUCACUUUUCUUUCUUCUUUAAAGAGACUGGAGCUCAGGAAAGAACUGUAGCUCUCCCAUCAGUGGAGCCACACUUCCAAGAAUAGGCUUUGACCUUUCUUUAAAAGAUUGGCACGUGAGUGUACAUUUAUAUAUUUUAAACUUAAAAAAUGUUUAAGGGGAUAAUGUUCAACUUUUUUUCAUGUCCCACUUUAAUCUACUUUUUCAGACAACUGACUAUACAGUGCCUCCAUUUGUACCAGACAGAGUAUUGAGGACUUUCAUGUUAUAUUAGAAAAGAGGUGAAGUUAGGGCACUUGUGAGUCUUGAAAAACUCAAGAAAAGCAACCGGGAAAAGACACACAGGUGCUUCUUAGUUCGUCACAUUUGUUGUGUAUUUGCAGUUGUGCCUGAUGAGAGGCUUAUCCUGUGGUCCAGGAUGGGAGGCCAUGAUGGCUGGUCACCAGUGAGGAGGACGAGAAGGUUUCCUUUUAAGGUGUGCUUUUGCUAGAACAUGAGCCACUGUGGGUUUAGUUGUAACAAGAUAACAAUACCUUUAAUAAAAGUUCAGCAAGGUGGUCAGUUAUAAAAUAAAUACACAAAAGCCAGUAGUUGUCAUUAACAGCAACUUGUUAUAGAAUACCAUUUUUAAAAGAUAGCCCUGUUCAUAAAGACAUAUAUUACCAAGAAAUGUUUGGGACCUCUAUGAAGAAAACACUAAAUGAAAAUUAUAUGGGUAAUUAAGGAAGACUGGAAUACAUGAUGGGAGACAUUCUAUUUCCUUGGAUAAAGAGACAUUGUACAUCAAAUUCUCCCCCAAAUUAAUCUGUGAAUUUAACAUCCAAAACAAAGUAUCUCUGUAUUUUUGUUUGCUGUGUAUACGUUUCAUUUUUAGUCUGGUAUUUUGAAAGAAAAAAAUACGAGAAUAACUGGGAAAUUUUGUAGAAAAACAGUGGAAGGGACUUGUAGUGCUGAAUAUUGCAGAGUCCAACAGAACUCUAGUAACUAAAACAGUGUAUAAUUGGUGCAGAGAUCCAAUCAGUGAAAGAGUUGGGAGUCCAGAACCACUCUAGUUUCAGGAGGAAGUGAUGGGUUGUUCAGUAAGUGGUGCUGGAACAGCUGGUCAUGCAGCGGGAGAGGCAGUACAGCACACCAGUGACGUGCAGACUGAUGGCACACUGCCUGCGUUCGAGUCCCAGCUUGCCAGUACUUUGUACCUGUGAUCUUGGACAAAUUACGUAACCUCGCUGUGCCUCGCCUCCUUCAUCUAGUCUCCCUAUAGCAUUAUUGCAAGGAUUAGGUAGAUUAAAAUCUGUAGAAGACUCAGAGCAGGACUGUCAUGUAGAAUGUACCUAUUAAAUAUUGGCUAGUCGAUCAUUUAGAGGCAAAAAAAGGUCUAAUCCCUAUCUUUUACCCCGUACACUCUCAUAGUUAGUAAAUUGAAGUGGAUUAAAGAUCUUUUUAAAAACUUAAAAAAAAAAAAAGCUUGGUUUGGUCAUCAAAGCCAGAAAACAUAAAACCUUGAUCAAUUUGUCUAUAAAAGGGUAAUGUUGGAAAAGUGCAAACAGCUAGGAAGGUACAUUUGCGAUGCAUAUUCCAGAGAGAUUCCAGAGAUCCUUAGCUUUUUAAAAGGCAUUGUUUUUAAAAAACAAAUACACAGCAUGACAAAUACUGCUGGUGUCCACUCAGAUCUUUUUACCAGUCCGGUGUACCCGUCCCCCAGCUGCUGCAGCUAUUGGGUACUGAUGGUUUAUCGUCACCCUCCCCCAGAGGAUUGUCCUGGGCUGAUUGAUGGCAGCUUACCCAGAGAUGCCUGGGAAGUUUUACCUGGACCCCUGGAGUUUGGCCCGUGGCAAAUGCCUGAUGCGCAGGGUAUUACUGCCCGCCUUCUGGCCUCUGUGGUGCAGUUUAUGCUCCUGAGAACCUCAUGGGAUUAGGUUUAGGUGAGACUUCUCCCAAAACCACAUUUCUGCCUCUUUUCUUCUCCUGCUCUGUCCUGUUUCCCUCAGUCCCUUAUAGAGCUCUCUCAAGAAAUCACUUGCACAAGAAUCCUCAUUUCAAGUGCUGCUUCCAGGGAACCUGACUUAAUAGAAAAUUGAGCAAAGAAGGUUGACCCAGAAAAAUGCUCAGUAAACCUGAAGAUGCUGAACUUUUUUAGUGAUCGGGGAAAUCGUCAAAAAUACAUCUCUUUUGCUGAUUGGGUUGAAAAAAAUAAAAGAUUUAUAAAGAUUGUGGGGAAAGGCAGUAACAUACUGUGGAAGGGAUAAUUUGAUACCAACCUCAUAGAUAUUUCUAUAAGUGUAUUUCUUGAAAUAACUGGGUAGGUGUAAAGGAUGCAUGGAUAAGGCUAGUCAUUGCAACAAUAUUUAAAAUGGGGAAAUGGAAGCAACCUGAAUGCCCAGUAAUGACUGAAUUGGUUAAAUGAUCCAUUGUACAUUGAAACAUAAGACUACCAUUUAUAAAGAUGUCUGGAAUAAGUUGUUCACUGGAAAACAAAGUAAUAAAAUUAAAUGUACAGUGCUUGUAUGUAAUGUGCACAGAAAUAAUCAAAGUGCCAUGAAAUUA